AUGGAGAAGAAGGUGAUGGAGUGUCUGGAGCUGAGUCAGGACGAGUCAGAGGCCGUGUCGAGAGUCGUGGUUCCGGCUCAGCGGCCCGGCGAGGCGAGCAUAUACGAUAUCUUCUCUCUUAGAGGCAUCCGGGUCGACUGGGCCGAACCGGGACUCGUCGUCUGUACUCUCAAGGUCCCUCCCCGCCUCACCGAUAGAGCUGGACACUUGUCCCAAGGUGCAAUUGCGAACCUGGUUGAUGUAGUUGGUGCUUCUGUAGCAUAUAUUAACGGUCUCCCUAUGAAUGUUUCAGUAGACAUAUCCAUCUCCUACAUGUCAAAGGCAAAGCUUGAUGAUGAGUUAGAGAUUACCUCAAAAAGGUUAGGACAAAGAGGAAGUUAUUCUGGAGUAGUAGUGCUUCUGAGAAACAAAGCAACUGGAGAGGUUGUUGCUGAAGGUCGACAUUCAAUGUUUCGUCCUGCUGCCAAACUCUGA